AUGGCCACCAGGAAAAACAUAUUACUCCAGGGAGGUACCACCCGGAAAUCGGGUGGAGAAUCCUCCACCGUCGCACCGGGCAAGCCGGGGGCGGUCAGCCCCAUGUAUCUGGAGGGGGCAACUGAGGCCAGAGUAGGGGGUGAUGCUCGAAGUGGAAGAGAGGCAAUGGUGGUUUUACUGAGGGACGUUGAGCUGGAUAGGAGGACUAGAAGUGAGUGUGACGAGGCGGAGUACUACAUGGAGCGCUCCGACUCGUCGCUCUCACUGUAUUCUGAGGAUGGCGCUGCAGGAGGAAGCGAGCCCAGCACAUCUAGGGCUUCGCUGCGCAAAAGAAGAUUAGUAGAAGUGCAAGACCCGGACUUGAUAUUCGAUGAGGAGGUGGAGGUCGUGGAAGUGGUCGCGACCCCAAAGCCAAGGCCUAAACAAAGGCCACCACCGAAAGACCUGGAUUUGGAACAGGCGAAGGCCGAAUUGGCCGCCGCCACUAAAGAGACUAUGAAAUGGAGGCAGCAGCCCCAACUAAGAAGACCCUCAGCUGAGGAUGCGCAGCGCGCCGACGUGUUGGUAUCGGAUAUACAGGAGAGUGCCCUCAAGGUAUUAGAUGCCGUGAGGAAGUCCGGCCACUUGAAGGGCACUGUCGUAAAGGAGAUUAAGGACGCCAUCGCUACCAUCCGCGCGGCGUCCGAAUCACUGGAGGGUCGGACCUCGACAACCGAGUGCGCAGCUUUGCGCCGGGAGAAUUCUCGGUUGUCGCGUGACUUGGCGGACAUGCGGGAGAUGAUGACCGCAAUGAGGGAAGAGUCCGCCAAGUAUUACGUGGAACUGAGGGACCUGAAAAGGAAGACCAUGGGGUCUGCCGCCCAGAGCUCAGACGAACUGGCGAUGCUCAAGGCGGAGAGGGCGGAGUGGGAGCGCGAGAUUGCCGCAACCCGCAACUCCUUCCAGGAGUUACUGAAAAAGAGUUCGGAGGACCGCUUGGCGUUGUCCAAGGCGCAAAGCGAAUUGGCGGCAGCCAAAGCCGCGCUGGCGAACCAGUCACAAAGUGCGGCCAUGGACGUGACAUCCGGCGCUCAAAGUGUUGGGUCGAGCGAAACGCCACCCAUCACCGAGAGCGCCGAGGCAAGAAUAGUCCGUCAAAUCGGGGACAUUUUUAAUGCCCGGUUUGAGAGGAUAGAGGAGCUCGUGGGCAGGCCACAUCAACCGCCGCCUAGAAAGACAACGGCUGCACCCCGAACACCUGGGGCAGCCAAGAAAGGAGGAGCAAGUACGGCCCCUGUAGCCAGUACUAGCAGAGCAGGGGUGAGCGCCUCUCAGCCGCCGCCCUCGACACAGGAGCAGUGGACGACGGUCGUCCGUCGUGGGAAUCGCGCCAGGGGGGCGAAGGGCAAGGAGUCGGCCCCAGCCACCCAGAUGCCCACUGGAGGGACGGGACCAUCCCAGAAGGAGGCCCAAAGUGAGGACGCCCGGAAGAAGGCACGCAGGAGGCAGUUCCGCCCACCGCGCUCCUCGGCGAUAGUGUUAACACUAAAGCCGGGAGCUGCGGAGGCGGGAACUAGCUACAGCUCGGUGCUUCGAGAGGCCCAACAGAAGAUCCAGUUGGGGGCCCUCGGAAUCACCGAGCUGGGCUUCAGGCUGGGAGUAACGGGGUCCCGUAUCCUCGAGGUGCCGGGCCCAGUGGAGGAGAGUGGCGGAAAGGCAGAUGCCCUCGCCGCGAAACUUGCCGAGGUCCUACCGGCAGGAGUAGUUGGCGUAACCAGGCCAGUAAAAUGUGCAGAAAUCCGCAUACUGGACCUGGACGACGCUACAACCGUAGCUGACGUGGUGGCAGCCAUAACGCGAGAGGGAGACUGCGCCGAGGCCUCCGUGAAAACGGGGGAGAUCCGGCGCUCUCCCUCAGGGAGCGGUUCUGUUUGGGCCCGAUGCCCGGUCGGGACUGUGAAGCGGCUGGUCGACGCCGGCCGUCUCAAAGUGGGGUGGACGAUGGCGCGGGUGCGGUCCUUAGACCCCCGGCCGAUGCGGUGCUACCGCUGCCUGCUCACGGGUCACGUGGGCCAGCGGUGCACCGCCAAGGAGGACCGCGGCGGAGUCUGUUUCCGCUGCGGUCAAGACGGCCAUAAGGCCGCAUCGUGCACCGCCCCUUCGCCGCACUGCCCAUACUGUGCAGCGGCCAAGAAGAAGGCGGACCACAGGAUGGGCAGCACCAAGGGGUGCCGUCCGCCCAAACAGGCGGCGAGAGUGGAGGAGAUGGAGGCCGAGUCCGGCCCGUCACCUCCCACCAUGGGCCUCGCGGCAGCCGAUGCGGGGGCGUCGGCUGUCACCUAA